AAUCUUUGCCGUUUGCCGUCUGCCGUAAACGUCAUGCUUAAGCUCUCUAAUAGUGACUAAUUCCUUCAAUGAGACACGCCCGCGCGGAAUCAUGGUAGUUGUAUUCAUCAAACACAUAUCCAGUCCAAGAUGACGAAUACAGCUACCAUGAUUCCCUGCAGAGCAGGCGUUUGUCAUAGAGGGGAAUUGACCAUUCCUUCUUGAGCAGAACGAUGCUGGUAGUAUAAUCAUGGUAACGUCCAUUUGACGAUCUAGGUCGCCAUACAACUUGUGUUCAAUCUCAAUUUCCAGUUACCCGUCUACUCCCUCUAGGUGAAAUGCUCAAUAUUCCAUUGCAAACAGUGGACUAACUUGUUUUAAUUUUUGGAAUGUUAAGGACACGUAUUGGAACAGUGAACAGUUUCCACGUUCGUUCAUCAAAGGUUCUUGGCAUGGAUUCUGGUGGUCCUUUAUAUCUGCAACCACAGUAGGGUAAAAGAACGACUUUAACAGUCAUGUGGGGGUGGAAGGGUGAGGCAGGUUGUCUUCACGAUGAUUUCAAACUUGAAAACUUUGAAACGUAUUGUAACGUUACGCAUGGUGUCGACCUUACUGUAGAUUUGGAAGUGUUUAGUCAAUGGUUGGUCGGCAAAGUGUUAGUAUCAUCAUAGAUUUAUUUUUCUGUGGUAGCAAUAAGUUAGAGAAUUUUUUUUAAGUUAGUUAUUCGUUUCACUUUUUUUUUUGUCAUGGUUUCCAAUUUAAGCGUUCUUACAGUGCUUUUAUUAUAGAGAAUCAAUUACGGCAAUUAUUUUUCAAUUUUACAGUCGAAACAUGAGCUUUAGAUGACGGUGCCAGGAUGGGUAUUUUUAGGAAAUUAUGAUGCCAUUUUUACGACAUAACGUCCUGCUUCUGCACCCUCGGCCACCAAUAAAACAACAAAACUCUAACAAAACUCUAAAAUACUUGAGAAGAGGAAGAAUCUUCUCCGGCCACUUCAACCCUGGUACUACAAGCUUCAAAGUAGCAAUAAACAAAAAAAAAGCGGGGUGUCGCUUUCCAACGGCUACCGAAAAGAGGGUUUAAAAUAUUUGGAUUAUCUUUUCCACCCCUCCUCUACAGCUCGAUGGGCAACUUUGCACACUUAAGUGUAGUAUUUAUUGUUGAAAAUCAUGGUUCUCUCUGUGCUCGCACAGUUGUUAUUUUAUAGCAAUGCUAAUCUCAUAUUACUAUGGCUCAAUGCGACGGGCAUAUACUAUUAUUUGCGAUUUAUAAAAAUGAUUUGUUUUUUUUUUUUUGCAUCAGGUAUGGUGACAAAGCUCCAAAGUCUGUUGCAGCCCGAGUUUUCUCCGUCAUAUGGAUCCUCAUGGGUAUCAUCAACAUAGCGUUAAUUACGGCAAAUAUCACCUCCACAUUGACAGCUCUCUCCCUGCAUAUGGAACCAAGCAGCCUUGUUAAUUUGAAGGUUGCGGUGCUAGGCAAUAGAACAGAAUACCAGCAUGCACUUCAGGAAGGUGCUCAGCCGAAAGUGUACAACACAAUUGAUGACGUCGUUCAAGCAGUGAAAACAAAAGAAGUAGAUGGAAUGUUCUUAGACCGAUACAGAGCUUCCCAUUACCAGUCAAGAGGCAAAUUAAAAUCGCUCAUCACCGUCAAGAAGCUCGAAUACCGAAAAGACAUUGGAGUUCUCUUUUCCAAGAACAAUCAAAGACUUGCAACUUGCUUAAACUUUCAUCGUUCAAACAUUUGGAGAUUGGUUCAAACUCUUACGGCUACUUUUAAGCUAACCCAACAGAAGCCUGCCGGAAAUGUCGGUCUUUUUUAUAAUUCCUCGCCCUUUAUCAAUUAUCUCGUCUACCCAUCGCUCGGGAUAUUGCUUGGCUUGCUGUUUGUCGGAACGGUGUGGGAUAUCUUGAUCCGGAAGAAGGAUAAAGUCCAACAAGAUGUGGUAUUAGUUGCAGAGGUGACGAAUGAUGGAACCGCAGCAAAGCGACAAGCGAUUCAAAAAGACCUCGAAGCCGGAAGAAGACUUCUUCUUCAAAUGCAGGAACACUUUAACAAACUUGAGGCCAAAGUUUCCGAACUACAUGUGUCAUUACCAUAGACGCGACGCAGCCCAACAAAACGCCCCAUACCGCACAUUCUCAUAAGAAGCCUCCACUCGUCCGAAAAUUUCCGACCCCCUAUUCAAAUCGCAGACUCAAAAAUUACUAGUGUAAGUUCUCAUUAGUACAAACCACGUGCAUCCUACAUUAAGUAUAUGCCAUUCCUGAGUUGCAUUUUGACUCUGUGUCAAACGAGUGUUCGUGCGAAACCCUUUAUAUGAAAAUGGUCCAGCUACAGGUUCAUUUUUAUGCAAACCAAACUCAUUUUCAUAUGAAACUGUAUUUUGCACAAGAACUCGUUUUGAAACACAAGCACAAGGCAACUCGGAAAUGACCUAUUCAGAUACUCUAGCUCCGUAAACGUCAAUAAAACUUGAACUUGCUUUUAAUAUCGCUAGUGUUUUGCUGUUCAAAACCUGAGAGGAGUAAACAUAUGGGGCAAAUCUAAGAGGAAAAUGAUCACCAGUUUUAAAGUAGUUUAGUUUUGUCCUAGUAAUAAUCAGUUAUAAUCCUGAUCACACAUUACACACAGAUUUUUACCAGAACCAAACAAAUGCAGUUUUAAUCUAAGAAAUAGUCAAAGUUAUCACGUUCCAUUUGCAAAAGGAACACGCUAGAAAAUGGCCAGGCUAGAGAAUGGCUUUUUCUACAGAAAUUGUAUAUAGACGAUUUUAAUUGUGUAUUUUAUGGAUUACAUUUUAGUAUAGUCUUAUUAUUUGAAUUCAUUUGUAAAGUUUUGUCUACUUUAGCCCUGGAGCUGUGAUUUUAGUCCCUCAAAAACUAUCUAUUCAGUUCUAUUUAUCCCUAACUUUAGUGACUUAUCGGUUAUUAUGUUAUUAAUAUGCGAGAAAGUUUCUGUACAGGAGUAGGUGUUGUUUUGUGUGAAAGAAAAUGGAAUGAUCUGAUAGCUUUUAGCUGGAAAAUAUACAAAAUGGAGCGAUUUUAUAAUUGCUCUAGCGUUCUUGUUUCUUCCUUUUAUUAUAUGACGGAGAAAAACAUUUCAUUGUGAUUGGCUGAGAGCGGCUAAAAUUGAUUUUUGUCUGUCAAAUGUUAAACAGGAAACAACAAUUAUUUCUCCAUUUCACAUAUUCCAUUCUUUAUAUUUAUGUGUUCUCACUAACCUAACAUUGAGUGCUCAAGUGUUCAAUGUCUCGGAAAAAUCGAUAAGGCAGUUAACACAGCCAAUGGAAUCCUAACGAAAGAUAACUUCUACCUCAAGGACUCUUACCUCCCUCAACUCGACCGGUGGAAACACCAACCGAAGGCCUUGAAUCUUCGCCAGUAUAGAGGCUGAGGGGAAGGAGGACCAGGACUGUCCUCCCAAUUUAAGCAUUAUUAUUGAAACCCAAACUUCUCAAGCCCACGCCGUCGAGAAACUUGUAGAACUCGAGGAACUCUGCUGUAGUAGCAUUACUGCCACAGAGGGGCAAAACGAUUAAAAGAACUCAAACCAUCUGGCAUGUAAAGAAUGAAGCCCGAUCUAAAAGAUCCAAAAAUAAUGUCAACGAAGGCAAGAUGUGUCAAGGAAGAAAAACAGAGAAACAGGAAGGAUCUGAUAGCGACUCCUGAGAGAGUACUUGAGUGGAUAGCAAUGUAGAGGAAUAGCGGAUUAGCCAACUUUGUCAGAUGAUGAUCAGAUGUUGGCCCAAAAUCGUUGACCCAGUUCAGCCGGGCACACCCUCACUUGAGGACACAGCUCCAGGACGACCACAGAACGGCCCUUAAAAGACCUUCAGAAAGACGGCCCACAGCCUUCUGAAAGAAGAUCCACCAGAGAGUGCCUUAUUAUGCCUUUAAUCCCUUUCAAGGACCAUUGCCAGCCCUGAGAGUGCAGUCCGAAGCAGAGCUGUUAAUUUGUGAUAUUUUCACUUUGUGUUAGGAUGGACUUUAUGCGGGGAAGUUAAAUUUACUUUUGUGAAAAUAUUUAAUCCACCCUUUUGCAUACCUAUUUGUUAUAUUUUUUCUAUUUUCGAGUAGCCUGUGCCAUCUUGCAAAGAGAGAAAAGGAUUUAAGGAUACUGUGAGACAGCGGCCUUGUGUCCCAGUGCUAACGUCAGAUACAGACUACGAGUUGUAUGUAGGUCUCUUUCUGAACUACGAAAUUACAGAGCCUUCAAAAAGCUCUUCCUGAGUUCCUAUCUCGAGAUCUUUGUUGCUAUACUGAAGAGCUUCGGUUUAAGUAGAAUUGCACUAAAUUACUACAAAAAUGGAAAUUGAUAAGAAGCUUAUUCUGACAAAAAAGAAGAUGCCAUGAUAAACUGGAACUGUUUUCAGGGAAUUCAAAGCAAAUACAGAACGCGAAAGUUAGACGAACACACUAGCCUAAAAAUUAUAUUUCAAUUUUGAUACUUUGAAUUCCAGUUUGUCAAACUGUUCUUGCGUUUGUCGAAGAAGCCGUCGUGCCACUUCGAGGUCGUUUUGGAUUGUA